AUGCUGGCCCUGCCACAGGACCUGCAAGCUGCCCGUGCCAUGGUGGUCGUGUCCAUUGUCUUGGCCAUCUUGGGCACCCUGCUCGCUGUGACCGGUGGCAAGUGUACCAACUGCGUGGAGGACGACACCGCCAAAGCCAAGGUCAUGAUUCUCUCUGGCAUCAUCUUCAUCGUCGCUGGCAUCCUUAUCCUCAUCCCCAUCUCUUGGUCAGCCAACAGCAUCAUCCAGGACUUCUACAACCCGCUGGUCACCGAAUCGCAGAAACGGGACCUGGGGUCAUCCCUGUACGUGGGCUGGGCGGCCUCUGCGCUCCUGCUGCUUGGAGGGGGGAUCCUCUGCUGCACCUGCCCACCCCGGGGCGAGAAGCCCUACUCUGCCAAGUUCACAGCUGCUCGCUCGCUGCCAGCCAGCAACUAU